UGUAGAAGAAAGUUUCACAGGUUUUAAUCUAAUUUUAUAAUAGGAAAACCCUGAAACCGUGUUGUAUUUUGGUGUUUGGUAUCCCUUCCUUUUAUCAUUAGAGGUUUCUGCUUUCUGUGGUUUUGGAUUCUUCACGCCUCUCCCCCUCUUCUCUUUUGUGCUGUCUCUACUUCCUUUAUUUUGAUAGAAUGGAAAAAAUAAAAAAAAAAAAAAAAAGAGAGAGAGAGAGAGACACGGAGAGAAAAAAGAAGUGAGAAGCCCCUAAAGGAUUGAGAGCCAUCUCUCCCUGGGCAGAUUUUGGCAAGAGAUGUGGCAAGUGUGUGUUCUCGUCCUCAGCAUUUGUGUCUGGAGUCCGGUUUCUGUCAAUGGUGACACAAAACCAGAGGACGCUUCUGCCCUUAGGGUCAUGUACAGCAGCUUAAAUUCUCCAGCUCAGCUAACAGGUUGGAGCUCAAGCAGUGGUGAUCCCUGUGGGCAGUCCUGGAGAGGUGUAUCCUGCUCAGGCUCUGCAGUUACAGAAAUCAAAUUAUCAGGUCUUGGACUUACUGGGUCAUUGGGGUACCAGCUAACAAGUCUAACUUCUCUAACAAUCCUGGAUGUAAGUAAUAAUAAUCUUGGAAACCAGAUACCCUAUCAACUCCCUCCGAAUUUGCAGCAACUAAACCUCGCUGGAAACUCCUUCAAUGGUGGGAUCCCUUAUUCACUUUCUCAGAUGACUUCACUUAAGUACCUAAACAUCAGUCAUAAUCAACUUCAGGACCAGUUGGGUGACAUAUUCGGACAGCUUUCUGCUCUUACCACAUUGGACUUCUCUUUCAAUGCAUUUGCAGGUAACCUUUCUGAGAGUUUUAGCUCCCUUUCAAGUGUGACUAGCAUGUAUUUACAGAACAACCAAUUUACAGGUACCAUUAAUGUCCUUGCGAAUCUUCCCCUUGAAAAUCUAAAUGUUGAAAACAACCAUUUUAGCGGCUGGAUUCCUGACCAGUUGAAAAGCAUAAACAGUUUGCAGACUGCAGGCAACUCAUGGACAUCAGGGCCUGCACCACCGCCUCCACCAUAUACAUCUCCGCCACCAAGAGGACAUUCCAAUCGAAAUAAGGGUAGCAGUAACAGCCCUUCUGAUGGUAAUGGUGGUGGGAAGAAAUCAGGUAUAGGAGGUGGAGGGGUUGCAGGAAUAGUGAUAUCAAUUUUGGUCGUUGGUGCAAUAGUAGCAUUCUUCUUAAUGAAAAAGAGAUCCAGAAAGCCUACGCCAGAUGUUGAAAAGCUUGACACUGAUCGACCUUUCACCCCUCUUGCUUUGAAUGAAGUUCAAGAAAUGAAGUCUAUUCAGACAUCCUCCAUGAUUAACACAAAGACGUUAGAAACUUCUGCAUCGAUGAACCUUAGACCUCCACCCAUUGAUCGGCACAAAUCUUUUGAUGAAGAUGACUUUUCAAACAAGCCUCCUGUUGUCAAGAAAGCUAAUUCUACUCCCAUAAGCACUACAAUGUAUUCAAUAGCAGACCUGCAGAUGGCUACAGGAAGCUUUAGUGUGGAAAACCUUAUUGGUGAGGGGUCUAUUGGACGUGUUUAUCGAGCCCAAUUCGACAAUGGGAAGGUUCUUGCUGUAAAGAAAAUAGAUUCGUCUGCUCUGCCUUCCCAAUCAUCUGAAGAUUUCAUUGAAGUUGUUUCCAACAUCUCCCAGUUGUGUCACCCAAAUGUGACCGAGCUUGUGGGAUACUGUUCUGAGCACGGGCAGCACUUGUUAGUCUAUGAGUUUCAUGGGAAUGGUUCUCUGCAUGAUUUCCUGCACCUCUCGGAUGAAUUCAGCAAGCCGUUAACAUGGAAUACCCGUGUCAAGAUUGCUCUGGGGACUGCACGUGCAUUAGAGUAUCUACAUGAAGUUUGCUCGCCAUCUGUUGUUCACAAGAAUUUCAAGUCUGCCAACAUUUUACUGGACAUGGAGCUGAAUCCUCACCUUUCAGAUUGUGGCUUAGCAAACUUCAUACCAAAUGUGGAUCAGGUGUUGAACCAUAACGUGGGAUCUGGAUAUAGUGCACCUGAGGUUGCAAUGUCUGGCCAGUAUACGAUGAAAAGUGACGUGUAUAGCUUUGGAGUGGUCAUGUUGGAGCUUCUUACUGGUCGGAAACCAUUUGAUAGCUUGAAGUCAAGAUCUGAGCAAUCAUUGGUCCGGUGGGCAACACCUCAGCUUCAUGAUAUCGACGCUCUGUCAAAGAUGGUUGAUCCAGCUCUUAAAGGGCUGUAUCCCGCCAAGUCCCUCUCGCGAUUUGCUGAUGUGGUGGCUCUUUGCGUCCAGCUGGAGCCAGAGUUCCGACCACCCAUGUCAGAAGUGGUGCAAGCACUUGUUAGGCUGGUGCAGCGAGCAAACAUGAGCAAGAGAACGGCUGCAGAUGUGCAAGGAGUUCGGAGAGCAGAAGACACAGACAUACAGGAGUAAAUGUUUAAAGUAGGCAUGAGCUUGAUAUGAUCCCUGUUGAUAGGCGCUUGUUUUUUUUCUUUGGGUGGGGGCGGGCGUGGUGGUUUCUGGGUGAAUAGAGAAGCGGAAAGGGAAGAGUGAGAGAUGGGGUGGGAGCUUUUGUUUUCAGAAGGAUAUGGUGGCACACUGACACUGGAAAAUUUAUAUGGAUUCAUUGAUUUUCAAAGGAGUACUGAACAAUACUUUCCUCGGUUUGUAA